CUUAAUGUCAAUAAAGCAAUAUAAACAGCUACAGAUAAAUGCUGUUGUUGUAUUUACUAUGUAACUUGAUUCAGUCUCGUCAACACAUUCGCGUGUGCCAAAUCUGUCUUAUAUCAGUAUUACAUAGUGUUUUCAUACUAUAAUGUGCAAUAAUUGGAAAGAUGACCCAGAAAUCCAGAGGUUUAGGGAUUAUUUGAGAAUACCCAGUGUACAUCCGAACAUAAACUAUGAAGAGUGCGUGAACUUCUUAAAGAAGCAAGCGUCUGAGAUAGACCUACCAAUAUCUGUCUAUGAAGUAGUGCCGAGAAAGCCGGUUGUCGUAAUCACAUGGCAAGGGUCGGAGCCCCAACUACCUUCGAUCCUGCUUAAUUCUCAUAUGGAUGUAGUGCCGGUUUAUGAGGACCACUGGACCCACCCCCCCUUCGAAGCUAAGGUCACUGACGAUGGGUUCAUAUACGCCCGCGGCACCCAGGACAUGAAAGGAGUUGGUAUGAUGCACCUGGAGGCAGUGCGGCGGUUGAAGAACGCAGGAGUCAGGUUGAGGAGAACGGUGCAUAUUAGUUUUGUGCCAGAUGAAGAGAUCGGUGGUGUGGACGGCAUGAAGAGUUUUACUGAAACCGAUGAUUUCAAGAAGCUCAACAUUGGGUUCUGCCUGGAUGAGAGCAUGCCUUGCCCAGAAAACGCCAUAAUUGCGUUCAAUGGAGAAAGAACCAACCGAGAAUUGAAAGUCACCUGCAGAGGCACCCCUAUGCACGGAGCGCAACUUUUACCGGGAACAGCAGGAGAGAAGUUGCAUUUCAUAAUAGACAAGUUCAUGAAAUUUCGCGAAGAAGAAAGGAAAAAGUUCGAAGCUGGAACUCCUCUCGGUGAGGUUACGACGGUUAAUUUAACUCAAGUAGAGGGAGGAGUUCAAGUCAACGUGAUUCCGGAGAACUUGUCCGUAUCGUUUGACAUCAGGGUGGCUCCGGAGAGAGACCACGACGAGUUUGAAAAUAUGGUGGCUUCUUGGUGUAAAGAAGCAGGAGAAGGGGUCACAUUCGAAUAUUUUGUGAAAAAUCCUCUGGUAAAGAGUACAAGGACUGAUUCCAGUGUGCCAUUUUGGGGAGCCUUAAAGGAUACUGUAGAAAAUAUGGGCAUAGAACUAAGAUGUGUGAUAUGCCCCGGAGCGACGGACGCCCGCCACGUGCGCCGGCGCGGCGUGCCCGCGCUCGGCCUCUCUGCGCUUGCGCGCACGCCCGUGUUGCUGCACGCGCAUGAUGAGAGGGUCCACGUAGACGUGUUUAAGCGGGGAAUUGAUGUCAUGGAGAAUGUGGUUAGUGCUGUAGCUAAUGUCUAGUUUGCAUUGAUAAAAUAUAAAGUAUUUAAGUCGAUAAUUGAGUUGUUUUCUUGUAGGUAUAUAUGUAUGUAUAUUUGUAUGUAUAUUGAUUGUUAAAUUAUUUGAUAUUGUUAAACGAAUAUGAAUAUAAAUCUAUCAAUUAUUCAAAGAAUUUUGUUGUAAAAUUUUUGAUAAAACACUGUUGCCAAAUUCGUUAUCGUGACAUUUAUAUAAUUAUAAAUACCUUAAUCGUGUCAAAAAUAAAUUUAAGUACCUACUUAUUGAAAUAAAUUGUUCGGAAGAGAAAAUUUAAAUUAACGUGAAAAUAAAUUCGGUAUUAAGUAAAUGAUUUCCAUUCACGUUGUUAAUUUAUUUAAUAAAUGAGGUAAAUAAAGUUUUAAUAUUGCAAAAGGAAAUUAUGUAUUUUUUAAAAUUUUAUACUUAUUUAAGUUUUUUAUAGCUUUCUGGAAAUAUAAAAGGUCUAGUGUACUUAUUGUUGGCAAAUUGUGCCAUGAACACGCUCUUCAUCUUCUUCCCCGAAGGUUUCGUCUUCCUGAAGUCAUUCUCAAAAGCUGCCAGGAUCUUUAGGAGACGAGCACGGGAUAAACCGUCGAACACAAAGCCAUCUGCGACUCCUACAAUUUCUACAAAAAAGACAUAGUAAAUUCUUAUUUUUUUCCAAAGUGCAAUGCUGUUGUCUGAUUGGAGUAUUGCAUUAAAAUUGUCGGAUCAUGGUAAGUAGGUAGGUAAGUGCAGUUCCCUGCCUCUUUGCGGAAAUAUUGGUUAUUACAUAAAAAUAUAAAAAAAAAAUUUUGCUAUAGGAAAAAUUUCUAUUACUUUUACGAUUACAAAUCCCAUUUUUUUUAGAUUAUUAAAAAAAAUUGCAACGCCAUUCAUGCAAUGAAAAUAUACCUGAACUUGCAUCUCGAGUAGCGCUAACUACCGACUGUUGAACCAAUAGCAACCAACAAAUGCAAAGUAGGAACAUUUUCACAAUACACUUCAUAAGAAUUGCUUUUAUCUUAUACAAACAUCGAUAAGGAACCGUAAAGGGCUUUUCCCACAGUAGAAAAUAACUUUUUAGCAUUUCCUUGCGCUUUGCUUUGCUGCAGUGUAGUUUGUUCCGCCGCUUCUUCUACACAUGCGCUUUGGAAGCGGUAGUAGUUAUAAUUAGAUUUAAGUGAUGUGACGUCAAUAAGUGAUACCUUGUAUCCAAUUUUGAAAAUAAAUCUAUUCUAUUCUUUUUAAAUGAAUCAAUAUAUUUUAAAUUGUAGAACAGGUUACAAUGGUGUUACAUUUUGUCUUACUUAGUGCUCUGCAUCCUGCCUAAAUAAAAACACUAAAGGUACUUAUAAAUAAAGGAAAAUUACACCUCUAUUGAGCUAGGCCCAAAGUAAGUUCGAGACUUAUGGGAAAAAGGAUAUUGAUAAACACUUAACCAGGACCAAGUACAAUCGGAAAAAGUUAAUUUUUCAUUAUAUUCUGGCCGGGAUUCAAACCUGGGACAUUGUUGCUCAGAGGUAAGCACAGUACUUGGCUUGGCUUGGAAUUUGGAGAGGUUAAUAAGGAAACAACAGCUACAAUUUUUAUAAUAAAACCACGUAGAAAUAAGUAAUGUAUCAACAUACAUUUUAUUGAGAUAUGUUUAACAACUUGGUUCUCUACCUGAUAACUAUCACAAAUGCUUUUUACAAAAUAUAUUUUUAAUCACCUUUCUACAAAAAAAACACUUAAAAUUAAAUGCUUUGCAAGUUACUAUUAAAAUAACAAUUCUUAUUUCUAAUGCAACUAUAAGCAUAUAAAUAAUGAAAAUUUAAUCAAUUACUUGUAUUCUUUUAAAAUUAAAUUAUAUUUAGAAUUAUACUUACUUAUGACUUUAAUUUAUACUGCUAAAACCUUUGACUUCUUUUGCCUUUCGAGUAAUUAAUACAAAUAUUUUUUUUAUCCUGCAGUUUAAUUUUAAAAAAAAACAAUCUUCAAGAAGUACUUUCUAAUUUUUAAGAACAAAUAUUUUUAUUUUUUGGUAACUUACACAAAAAUAACAUACUCAUCGCUUUUUUUUUGUUCAAAGAGAUUUAUUUUAUGAGACCGUGUGCAUGCCCUUAUAAUUAGAAACACGAUACCGUGAGAUUAAACGGCAUAUUAUGGUACUUAAACGUUGUCUAAAAAUAGUUCUUCUUAUUUCUUGUAAACUAAAUUUACAUUAUAAAUCUACUAUAUUAUAUAUACAUAAUUAAAUAUUGACUAAUAUAUGUGGCACAUUAUCAUAUCUUUUAUUUAUAUUGUAUUUUUAUUAAAAUUAUAUUAUUUACGAGUAUAUGAUAAAGAGUUAUUGUUUAAAAUAUUGUAAAGGCACUUUAUGAUAAGUAAUUUUUUUCAUUAUCAUAGAAAUAAUAUUUAUAAAAAAAUUUUUAAAAAAAUCUUCUUUUGACAACAUUUGUUUUUUGUAAAACAUACAAACAAGAGAAGACUAAAAUUAAUAAUACAACUUGAGGCAAUUCAAUUUAGCUACAAAAUAACCUGUAAGAAGUUAAGUUAAGAAGCUAAAAAUUUACAAUUUUAAUAAUUUGACACCAAUUUGCUGGAUCGUGUGAAAUCACACAUUGGAACAUUACACAUCACGCUAAACAAUAAUUAUAUAAAUACCCUAAAGUUUCAAUAAAACGAAGUAGGUACAUAUUUUCCUUUUUCUUACACUUUCAUACCUUUCUCACAAAUUUAAUAAUAAUAAUUUUAAUUUAAUUUGUAGUUAUUUAGAGUUUCACUUUGCUAUAAGAAGAACCAAUGUAAACGAAGAAAUAGAUAUUAAUGCUGUUAAAACAACGUUUGGAAAUAUAAAAUUCAGAUGAUUGUACUUCUUAACAAGUAAUAAAUCACUGGUAUCGAAAAUUGCUUGAAUUCUCGUUUUGGUAUGCAUUCCCUUUGCAUGGUUUCAUACUGGAAUGAACGAUAUUAAUCGCGUCACUUUUUUAAAAUGCAUUUAUAAAAUUUAUCGCACUGUUGUUAAAACUUUAUAAUUCAAAAAAAUUUAAAUUUAUUUAAAAUUCCUAGAUUCAUUAUUUAUAUACACUAAAUUCUAAGCAGUACUUGUUAUACUACUCUGCUUUUUAAGAGAUUUUGUUCUUCCGCAGAAGUAGUCUUCAAUCUCCUGUAGGGUCCUUCCUUUUGUCUCCGGGAGGAAAAAGUAGAAGAAUA